AUGGCGUACAAACUCGAGCACCAAUACGGGUUAACCAAGGAUGGCCUUGUCGAGCUUAUCUGUUAUGAGAAGAAUCCCGACCUCGGCGGUACGUGGUACGAGAACAGGUAUCCUGGAGCGGCGUGUGACAACCCAGCCCAUUGCUACAACUUCACCUUCAGCCCGAACCCAAAUUGGUCUCACUACUACGUGGGAGCAAAAGAGAUCCACGGCUACAUCAAGGAUACCGUGGAUAAUUAUGCCCUGCAGAAAUUCUUCCAACUAAAUUCCAAAGUCGUCGAUGCUAAAUGGGUCGAGGACGAAGCCAAAUGGCACGUCAAGAUUGACCAGCAUGGAACCAUCAUCGAUGAUGUCUGCGAUAUCUUUGUCAAUGCCUGCGGCAUCCUUAAUCAGUGGACCUGGCCCAGCAUCGAAGGGCUCUUCGAUUUCAAAGGCCAUCUCGUCCACAGCGCUCGAUGGGACGAUAGCUACGACAUGACAGGGAAAACUGUCUGCGUGAUUGGAAAUGGCUCGACUGGCCUGCAAAUCGUUCCACAACUUCAAAAAGUCGUCAAGAAGUUAGUCUGCAUCAUUCGGUCACCCACUUGGAUAUCUCCCACCUAUGUCGGCCACAAGUCCAAGGUGGACAACGGCCGAAAUUUCGAAUAUACCGAGGAGGACAAGGAAAGAUUCCGGACAGAUCGCACAUACUUCCGAGACUACCGCCGCCAGAUUGAUUCAGAGAUGAACAAGUUUUUCUACGCACUGCUCAAGGAUUCCCCUCAGCAGCAGGGCCUGUACGACGCAUCCAUCGCUCUACACAAGGAAAGAUUGGCCAAGAAGCCAGAAUUGUUUGAAAAGUUGACCCCAACUUGGCAGCCUGGCUGCCGGCGCCUCUCGCCUGGCGAGGGCUACCUCGAAGCACUGGCGGAGGAUAACGUCGAGGUUGUGCUGCAAGAGAUCGAAAGGGUCGUGCCGGAAGGACUGAUAACAGUCGAUGGAGUCGAGCACAAGCUUGACGCCCUGGUAACCGCCACCGGGUUCGAUACGUCAUUCCCUCCUAGAUUCCCACUGAUCGGACGCCAUGGUCGAGACCUGCGCAAGGAGUGGGCGGAGAACCCCAGGGGUUAUUUUGGUCUUGCUGCAUCGGGAUUUCCAAACUAUUUUAUUUUCAUGGGACCCGCAUGUCCUAUUGGACACGGCAGCUUGAUUCCAAUGAUGGAAUGCACUGCCGACUACGUCGUCAAGGUGACGAAAAAGAUCCUGGCCGAACAGAUCAAGGCUGUCGACGUUAAGCAGGAAGCUGUAGACGAAUUUUUUGCAUACUCCCAGUCAUUCAUGGGCAAGACGGUCUGGACAUCGGGCUGUAGAAGCUGGUACAAGGGCGGUACGGUAGACGGACCAGUCACGGCAAUGUACCCUGGCUCAGCGAUGCACUACCGCUUCACAACCGCCGAACCGCGCUGGGAAGACUACGACAUCAAGUACUGGUCCAAGAACCGCUACCAGUACUUUGGAAACGGGUUUACUGAGAUAGAGGAGUCAGGGGCAAAUUUAUCUUUCUACCUGGACUAG